ACGUUAUUGAUGAGCCGGAAGGCAUAGUUGGGGUAGGAAACCAACCCCAUCGAUGUUGAUAGAAAUGUUCGCGACGCCAUGAAGAUAGCCUUCCUCUAUUCGAACUCGCUGACUACUCUUAGAAAUAGAUAUAAAAUGUUCACUUUUUUGUUAAUAACAUGUAAUUGAUAUAACGAAAGGAUAAUGCUGUUUGUGUAAUAUUUUUUUGACAACGUUGAUUCUCCCUUCUCAAUUGAUCCUACUGGGCUUCAAUCUCGUGGCCCAAAUAAACAACAUAAAAUGCUCCAAGUAUCCACCGAAAAUCAAGCAAACUAGGGUUUUUAAUCGACUCCUGAUCCGUAAAUCGAUAGAGGAAAAUGAUUUACGACGUUAAUUCUCCACUUUUCCGAUCCUUCCUCAGCCAGAAAGGAGGUUCUUCUGAUAAGAGGAAAACGGAAGAGCAGAAGCCGAGGGAACAUAAGCCAAAGGCAAAUGAAAACAAGCCGGUUAUGACAGAGUAAUAAGAGGGCAAUUAAAAGUCAAGACACAAUAAACAGUGCGGUGAACGGAUUCGAGUUUGCUUUUUCUUUGAGAAAUCAAUACCUUGGCGGUUGAGCAAUGCGAUAGAAUCUGAGUUUUGGAAAUGUUCGUCGGCGUCAAAUUCAUGAAAAUUAAACUCCCGUACAUAGUAACAUUGAGUCACAAAAUGGGGAGAUUACGGGUAAUUUGACCUCCAUUGUCGCAAGCGGAAAUAGGCUAAACUCUAGAUUGAUAGUAAUUUUUCACCUCAAAAAAUGAAUUUUUUGAUUGUUAUUUUACUAUUUUAAUCAUCAAUUUUUACUUUUUGAGUCAUAGGUGGGAUUUACUUCUCUAUAAAGGUCAAAAAAUCAAUUCUCAUAAUCAUUAUCGAACAAGUCAUAAGAGCUCAAUAUAUAGAGUUGAAUUCAUAUUUUUAAUUA